AUGUCUCUCCUUCACACGGAUCGCAGUCCUACGGGUAAGUGCCUUUCAGUUUGCCAUCAGUAUGAGGGACGGUACGUGCCCCAGUUGCGGGAGCAGUGCGAGAAACUGCACGAGGUGAAGUGUCGCCUCAACAAGUUCGACCUGGCUUCCUGGUCGAAGCACACGGACGCUCAGUUCCGAGGCGGGCGCGUGAAACUAAAAAUAAAGCAGACACUCGACGUGCACCCCGAGUUGUUAACGAACGCCUGGCUUAAGCUGUACGAGAUACUCAGCUCGUACACCGAAAUCUGGGAAGUGCUGCGACAACAACCGGAUAUAAAGACCCGUAAGCUAGCCACGGGUGUACAUUUGGGUGAGUGUCCUGGAGCCUUUGUGGCGUGUACCAACCACUGGUUACGGACGAGCAUUAGUCGAAGCGUGAGUUGGACAUGGUGGGCGAACAGUUUGGAUCCGUGGAGUGAGAUGAAUGACUGGCGCGAGAAGCUGGACUCUUCUUUCAUGCGGCACACAUACGGACACUGGUUGAAGGGUGCUGACGGGACGGGUAACCUGUGUCGGCUGGCCAACGUAGCGGCGGUUCUGGAGGCGGAGGCGAAGGUGGAUAUGGUGACGGCUGACGGGUCUUUCGGGACGCAGCAUGACGCAGCAAGUCAGGAGGAGCUAUUACUGCCACUCGUUCUUGCCGAGGUCGUCGUCGCCUGGGGCCGUCUGAAACCAGGCGGUGUCCUAAUCCUCAAACUCUACGGCCCCACGACGCCGGUUACAGUCAGUGUUGUCGCACUUCUCAAAAACUCUUUCGACAAACUAUGGUUGCACAAACCUAAUCUCUCCAAGCCAGGCAACUCUGAAGUCUACGCUGUGGCCGUUGGUUAUGUAGGUGUCUCCGGCACCCUCUUUGAGCGCUCUAAAAAACUCGUAAUCUACGAACCCACCUCCUCCGCGAAUCCGGAGGUCCCUGGUUCGAGACCGGGUCCGGGCGGACAGGUGGGGCGGUCUUUGUUACGUCUGGAGCGCGAAGUGGCACCGGCGUGCCUAGCCAGCAUCUUGGCGGCCACACGGCAGUUGGUAGAGGCCCAGGUGAAGUGCAUUCAAGACAACCUGAACACGUACAGCCACAAGAUGGUGACGAUGACGGUGCGGCUUAAGGACCAGUUUGCGUUGGAGUUCAUGCAAAAGUUCCAGCUACAAGAACUGCCGCGAGAACUACGCGUGUGUCCCAACGUAGAUUUGGAAGAGCUAAGUCGUAACGCAAAACUCUCUGUGUCCGCCACAGAUGCCGAACGCGCACACGAUUUCGGCGACUGGCAAGCUGUCCAACAACUACGACUUAAACCUUUUGUCGCCCGCGGCGGCCCGUGUUUGGAAGUGCGGGUGUCUUCAAGUGCCACCCUUGCUACCAUACGCGAACCGCCACCAUGGCCGGUACGGGACGCCGGAGGUGUGACACCGGGUGUGGAAUUGCACGAGUUCUCCAGCCAAAAAGAAAGGACAAAAGAAGUCGGUACUGGGCGCCAUCGCAAGACGCUGGAAGAGCCACCGCUCGCUGAAGAAAUGGUCCUUGCAUUAGCGCCGGAGCCGGACUCCGAUCAAACAGCCUGCGCGACGGAGAUUGGACGGUGGCCACAGCUAGGUGGAAUCCUGAAGCCAUUCCGCAUCGUGAGUUCGCCCUAUUAUAGCCCCGAUAUUUUCACCGCGCUCAUUCGGUACCGCGUACUGUUGCCGAAUAAAGUACCCGCGCUCGCCUUUGCAGAUAUUUGCCAUCUCAAACGCAAGGAGUUCGGGCUCUUGUCCAGCGCAACUUCGAAUCUCGCGGGUUCGAACAUGGGGGGUUCGAAUCCCGCGGGUGCCAACGUGGCGGGCCAAAACCCGGUCUCCCUUUUGUCUAGUGUGUCAUACGACGUGGCCAUUAUGUGUUUGAUCAAGUUCCGCCAAAAGGGGUCGGCGCAACCGCACUGGCUGGAGGUCACGCACCCUUCGGAGUUGGGCACGAUGUCCGAGCCUUUUCGCCGCACAGGCUGUCGCGGUCUGUGUGUGGACCUGUCCAGUGCGAGUUCCAAUCCGGCGGGUGUGGGUUCGAACCCGGCAGGUGCGGGUUCGAACCCGGCAGGUGCGGGUUCGAAUCCGGCAGGUGCGGGUUCAGUGCCUGUAUUCCGUUGUCCAGGAGGCGAGGACUGGGCGGCUUUGAAGACUGAGCUGCGUUCGGCUUCAUUGCGUCCGGCUGUGGCAUUGGUUGGUACGCACGGGAGUGUGGCGAAGCGGGAGAUAUUACAGGAGGAGGUAGACGAGCAGAAGUUUUUAUUGCGUGCGUUACGAGUGGCAUUGCGAUACUUGGCGGACGGCGGUGAUCUGUUGCUGGGACUGUCGACAACCGGUACCCGCUUCUCGGGUUCAUUGCUAUUGCUGCUAUCUGUCUGCUUCAAAGAUCUUACAGUUGCCCGACCUCCAACGUUUAGUUAA